CGUUGUUGUCUUGGCUGUCUUUGUUGUUUUUCUGUAGCUCCUCCUAUUUUCACCAAGACCCCUCCCCCUGUCCUGGAGGCUCUAGUGGGGAAUUCUCUCUCUCUAGCCUGUGUUGCUCGUGGCAACCCACCACCCACUAUAACCUGGGCUAAAGAUGGUACUCUGAUUGGAGGAGACAAAGUUGAGCUGCUGAGUGGGAAGUUGUCUCUCAGAGCAGUGAGCACGGAGGCCGGAGGACGGUAUGAAUGUCUUGCCACCAACACAGAGGGCAAUGUGACUCAUGUUACAAAGCUGAAGGUCAAAGGUCCUCCAGUUAUUGUUAUCCCCCCGAAUAACACGGCCCUCAACAUGACCCAGAAUGCCCUGCUGCGGUGCCAGGCCGUGGCUGAUCCCCCCAACAUGACCUAUGUGUGGCAGAGGCAGGGAGAGAACGUCCAUCACAUAGAGCCUCUAAAGUCCCGGGUGAAGAUCAUGGUGGACGGCACCCUCCUCAUCACCCGCAUCACCCCAGACGAUUCUGGGAACUAUACCUGCAUGCCCACCAAUGGGCUGUUAACUCCACCUACUGCUUCCGCCAGUCUCACUGUGAGACACCCUGCCCAGGCUCUCCUGAUGCCUCAGCAGACGUAUCUCCCCACAGGCCUGGGGGGUCUGGUCUCCUGCCCUGUGAGAGCCCAGCCCCUCCUGCUCCGUGUUGAUUGGACCAAGGAUGGACAGCCACUGGAUCUGGCCAUGUACCCAGGAUGGACGCUGACGUCUGAAGGCUCGGUGUUCAUGGCAACUGUCAAUGAUGAUGCAACAGGGGUGUACAAGUGCACCCCCUACAACAGCUUCGGGACCAUGGGCCAAUCAGGGCCUACGACAGUCAUCCUACAGGACCCCCCGUCACUCAACGUGUCUCCCCGAAAGGAGUAUCGAGAGAAGGUGGGUAGGACACUUGUUAUCCCCUGCCAGACCACUGGAGAGCCAGCCCCUACUGUAACCUGGAGCAAGGUUGCACCUGCCACACUCUCUCAGUACUCUGUAGCAGCCAACGGCUCCCUGCUGCUGCUUCCUCUCAGUAAAGACCACCAGGGGGUGUGGGAGUGCAGUGUUACCAACCGCGUGGGCACUGUCAAAUCCAGCACCUCUCUCUGUGUGUCAGGCACCAGUCCCCAUGCUGCCACCCUGGUGUCUGUGUUUCCAGGGGUCAAGCAGGCCAAUGUGUCCUGGGAACCAGGCUUUGAUGGGGGAUACCCCCAGAAAUUCACUGUCUGGUUGAAGCAGAUGUCUGUUGGUGACAGUGGGGAGAAACAGGAGUGGCUCUCUGUGCCCGUGCCCUCCUCCUCUGGCUCCAGUCUGCAGGUGACAGGGCUGGUCCCUGACACAGAGUAUCAGUUCAGUGUCCUGCCACACAACAAAGUGGGCACUGGGCCUUUCAGUGAGAUCGCCACCAUCCGAACUCUGAAUACACUCCCAAGGAGAGCGAAACUAGAACCGCCCACAUCGCUGUCAGCCAAUCAGAGCUUGGCAGGUAUAGUCCUGCAAUGGUCUCCUGUGGCUCAGUUCCAGCCCAUCACUGGAUUUGUCCUCCAAUCUCGCGCAGAGCAAGGGGAGUGGUUCAAUCUAGACGAGGACAUCAGUGCCAAUAGAACUGUGAUGAUCGUUCCAGGUAUGCGCAAGGACUCUGUGUACGAGCUGCGGCUGCUGUCCCGGCGAGGGGUGUUGCUGAGCGAGCCCAGUCCAUCAGUUAACGUCUCCAACAUGGGGAUGGAUAUGUACCCUGCCAGUUCCCGCCUGGAGUUUGUACCCAAGCCGUUAUUGGCUGGAGUGAUGGGAGGAGUUGCCUUCCUGUGUUUGGCCCUCAUCCUGGUCCUAGGGACAGUGUGUAUCAUCAGUCACAAGAGAGACCAGCGACGCAGGAAGAGGAAAGAUGAUCUCCCUCCUGCCAUCUAUAAAAGCCCCCCCUCAACCGGGUCACUUGCUAGCAGUCCAGACAGUGUGCUGAAGCAGAAGCUCCUCCACUCCCACUAUCCUGGCUCCACCUCCCGCUCCUGCUCCUCCUCCCAGUCUGACCACUCCUCUUUCGACAGACCCAGCCGCAGUGAAUACCAUGACCAGUGCCAGCAGCUGCUCUCUUGCCCCCCACCACCUCCUCAUUACGCCCCCCCACCUCCCCAGGACAGACUCUUCUCCCACUUCCCCUCUAGAGUUCAUCUUCAGAGGCCCUGACGGUCUCUUCAUGAUGCAGCCCUAUGACCAGACCUCUGUCCACAUUUCCCACAACAUAAGAUCCCUGAGGAAAGACUUCCCACAAUCCACUGAGGUCCAGAGGUCAGUGUCCCCCUGUGUGAGGAGGGAGCCGCCAUUGGUCCUCUCAGUGGACCUACCCCCCUGUGGUGGAUCUAACCCCAACCCCACGACCAUGGUCCGUGCCAUGGCCAAACACCUUUCCCUCCAUGGACGAUUAUACCUGGAUGGGAAGAAAGACAGUUGUGCUGGACAUCCAGGCGAGAGUAGUCUCUACUCGGACAGUAACUCAGACAUGGCAGGGUUGGUCCUGCAAAGCCAAAGCCCCCUAAAGGGAGAGCAUAAUAAACAAGGAAAUUCUCAAAGCUGCUAAUGAGA